AUGAGUGAAGCGAAUGCCAACAGUACUACCACCACCACCAGCUCUCCCGCCGAGGAACCUGGAGCAUGGGUCAAACUGCGAAGAACAAUUUUUCCCAUCCGUGGCGAUGAGGCCAAGAAAUUCUUUUUGAUCAGUGCCAUCAAGUUCUACAUCAUUCUCGCUCUGACUCUAACCAGAGAUACCAAAGAUACCCUUGUGGUCACUCAAUGCGGGGCAGAGGCCAUUGCUUUUCUCAAGAUUUAUGGGGUGCUUCCAGCUGCCACUGCAUUCAUAGCAUUUUACUCCAGGAUGUCGGAUGUCCUGAGUAAGAAAACUCUUUUCUACGCAACAUGCAUACCCUUCUUCGUUUUCUUCGGUCUCUUUGACCUUUUCAUUUUUUCAAACACACAACACCUGCACCCAUCAUUGGAGUCUGUUCAGGCAUGGCUCCCUGGUGAGGCAACCUCAGGGGGUUUGGCCAUUCUGGCCAAGAUUGUGGCCAACUGGACUUCUGCUCUGUUCUACAUUGUGGCAGAAAUCUAUUCGUCGGUUUCAGUCGGCAUUUUAUUUUGGCAGUUUGCAAAUGAUGUGGUACCCGUGGACCAAGCCAAACGAUUCUACCCCCUGUUCGCUCAAGUGAGCGGUCUAGCCCCGGUCUUGGCUGGCCAAUACGUUGUUCGGUACACCAGCAAGGCCAAAGAUUUCGAAACAUCAUUUCAUCGUUUGAUGUCUGCAGUGGUGUUUGCUGGGAGCAUGAUUUGUCUAUUUUAUCAUUUGUGUACUUCCUACAUUGAACGGACCGAACCACAAAUCUCGCUUGGUGGCGAUGGCGAAAAGAAGAGUGACAAGCCAAAGAAACCAAAGAUGUCCAUGUCAGAAUCUGCACAAUUCCUGGCUUCGUCGCAAUACUUGCGACUUAUCGCUACCCUCGUCCUGGGUUAUGGCCUGAGCAUCAACUUUACGGAAAUCAUGUGGAAGUCCCUGGUGAAAAAGCAAUAUCCCAAUCCACUUGACUACCAACGUUUCAUGGGCAACUUUUCGUCAGCAGUUGGUUUGGCUACGUGCAUUGUCAUAUUCUUUGGCGUGCAAGUAAUAAGGGUCCUGGGCUGGAGAAUAGGUGCCGUUGCAACUCCCACCAUCAUGGCAGCGCUGGCUGCACCCUUCUUUGCAUGCAUCUUGAUGGGGAUUGAUAAUCCAGGACGACUAAAGGCGGCUGUGGUGCUGGGGACUAUUCAAAGCCUACUGAGCAAAACAUCCAAGUAUGCUUUGUUCGACCCAACAACACAAAUGGCUUACAUUCCACUUGACAAAGAAUCCAAAGUGAAAGGCAAGGCAGCGAUUGAUGUGCUGGGCUCAAGAAUUGGCAAAAGCGGUGGGUCUUUCAUUCAGCAAGGACUUGUUUUCAUGUUUGGGAACAUAAUCAGUGCAGCUUCAGUUGUUGCUGUCAUUUUCUACUCUGUUUUGAUUACAUGGUUCACUGCAGCCAACCGCCUCAGUGUUUUGUUCCAUGCACAAAGUGAGCUGAACAAGGCCGAGGAGGAAGAUGCAAAGAAAAACCAGUGA